AUGAUAAGAAAACAUAGUAUUACUUCAAAUGAUAAUAAUGUACUACUCCAACUUGUCAUGACACUCGAUGAUCAUGAUGAUAAAGAGCAAAAAGCAAUUGUACUACCAUCUGGUGAAUCAACAACGAAAGAACAACUUUUAUUGAAAUUGGCAUUAAUUCUUAAAAAUGAAAAUCGAUCAUCUAUCAUUCUUCCAUCGGGCCUAUCAAUGACAGAACAACAACUAUACUUGAAAUCAAUAGAAUGUAAUCCAACUCAUUCAAAUUCAUAUCAUAAACUUGCAAUGACACUUUCAAGUGGUGAAUCAAUCACAUUUAAUGAUGGACAAUCAAUGACACAACAACUACUAUACUUGCAAUCAAUAGAAUGUGAUCCAGCCUUUUCUAUUCCAUACUCUAACCUUGCAUUGAUACUUUCAAAUGGUGAAUCAAUCACACUUAAUAAUGGACAAUCAAUGACACGACAACAAUUAUACUUAAAAUCAUUAGAGUGUGAUCCAUCGGAUAGAGAUUCAUAUUUUAACCUUUCAAAUACACUUUCAAGUGGUGAAUCAAUCACACUUCCAAAUGGACAAUCUGCGACAAAGCGACAAUUACUAUUAAUAGCAAUAGAUUGUGGUCCAACAAAUUCAAAAUCUUAUUUUAACCUAGCAUUGACACUUUCAAGUGGUGAAUUAAUAACACUUAAUAAUGGGCAAUCAAUGACAGAACAACAACUAUACUUAAAAUCAAUAGAAUGUGAUCCAAAACAUUCAAAAUCAUUCUAUAACCUGGCAACGAAACUUUCAAGAUUUGAAUCAAUCACACUUAAUAAUGGACAAUCAAUGACACAACAACAACUAUACUUAAAAGUAAUAGAGUGUGAUCCAAACAAUUCAAAUUCAUAUAAUAACCUUGCAAAUUUAACUCCAGAAGGUCAUUCAGUAACACUUAAUAAUGGACAGUCAAUGACUGUACAACAACUUUAUUUGAAAGCAAUAGAAUGCAAUCCAACACAUUCAAAUUCAUAUCAUAACCUAGCAUUGACACUUACAAGUGAAUUAGAUCCAACCAAUUCUGAUUCAUAUUAUAACCUUGCAACCACACUUUCAAAUGGUGAAUCAAUCACACUUAAUGAUGGACAAUCAAUGACUCAACAACAAUUAUUAUUGAAAUCAAUAGAAUGUGAUCCAACCCAAUCCGAUACAUACCUUAAACUAGCAAUUCCUCUAUACCGAGAUGAAUCUAUUACACUCAAAAAUGGUGUUAUAAUGACAAAACAACAACUAUUAUUGGAAUCUAUAAGAUUAGAUCAUACACAAGCAUUGACAUACAAACACAUUGCAUUCACACUUUUGAACAACAAACAAACGAUUAAACUUCCAAAUGGUCAACAAAUGUCAAGAAGACAACUACUUCAAAAACAAGAGUGGCAUACAUUUUUAACAAUUAAGAUAAAGUGA